AUGUCGUUUCUUACACUGGCUUCACGAAUAAGUCUUGAAGUUUAUCCACGUAAAGCUGAAUUUAUGGCCUUCGGUGGAGCAACCAAACAUGUUCUGGUCAACAAAGGUUACACACGUAUUGCUGUCAAAGUGAAAUGUAGCAACAAUAAACUGUACAAAGUAUCACCUGUUUAUUCAUUUAUUGAUCCUGGAGCUUCCCAGGAUCUUGAGAUUCUGCGUAACGAAGGUGAAGCGAGAAUUGACAAGCUAGUUUUAGUCUACAAACGAGCACUUCCAGAUGAUCAAGACCCAAAAGCAACCUUUACAUCUGUUACAGGCUGUCACAAAAUUGUUUUACCUCUGAUUGUUCUUUCUUAG